ACCAAGCAAGCAUAAUAUUGUGCAUGAUCCCAUCCACCUCUUCUAUCUCACUUUCUUUUCCAUUUUGAGCAGAAAAAAUGAAAAUGGGUUCAAGCAAUAUUGGUUUGUGGUUGGUUGUGGUGCUGAUGCUGGUUGGGUUAGCAAGGUCAGAUGUGGAGCAAGACAGAGCUGAAUGUGCAGACAAACUAGUUGGGCUAGCCCCUUGCCUGAGUUAUGUGGGUGGACAGACCGAAGCACCAACUCCAGACUGCUGUAGUGGGCUUAAACAAGUGCUUGAUAAGAGCAGGAAAUGCCUCUGCGUCCUAAUUAAAGAUAGAGAUGAUCCAAAACUUGGCCUCAAAGUCAAUGCCACUCUUGCAGCAACUCUUCCUAAUACUUGCCAUGCUUCUGCAAAUAUAACUGAGUGCAUCGAUCUUCUCCACUUAGCACCUAACUCAACAGAUGCUAAGAUGUUCAAGGAAUUUGCAAAUAUCACUGCAGGGAAAAAUACCACAAUUACCACCACAGGGGAUUCCACUGCUGGCAAUGGUGGAGGGAGAAGGGAAAGCUUGGCAUUAAAGAUGUUUUGUGGUUGUGGAGCUUUGAUAUUGGCCUCACACUUGAUUAUCUUUCACAUUUGAGAUUGGGUUUUCAUGUUUUAUCUUAAUUUUAUCAAGAACAUAUUGUAUGGUCAUCUUUUCAUUUUAGAAUUCCACUUCCAUCAUUAAUUUCCCCAA